AUGGACGCUGCCUCCAGCCCUUCCCAGGCUGGCGUGGCGGUGACGGACGACUGGAGCUCCGCCUUCCACGCUGACAAUGCGCAACAAUGCAAGCAACAGUUGCGGCGCCGAGCAGUGCUCGCCUUGGCGUUGAUCUCCGAGCCCUUAGAGAGGCAGUGGAAUGAGAUUUUCCUCGACCUGGCCUGGGCGGCUUGGCUGGAUGUCGUGCGAAGCGCGAGGCGUGCAUACCAACUGCCCAAGGCACAACGGAUGUACGAGAAAGUGCUGCACGAAGCACACGGAGCCAUGGGAGUGAGCUGCUUCUCUGUUUGGAGGAGUGGCUAUGCGAUUCCCUCGAACUUCUCAGAUUCGUCCCUGACCCUGCUGCUGCAAAGGGCUCUGCCGUUUGUCCAGGAGAGCGCCAGGGCCCAAGGAUAUGGCGCUGCUUCACGGAUGCUGAAAAGGGUCGCGCCUUUCCUCGAAGACCACUCCUCCGCCAUGUUCUCCCGGGUGCUGCGCAGCUCCCUAAGCUCCUCGCGGCUGAGUUACCGCAGCUUUGCCUCGAAACCAAAGUGCGUGAUGCUGAAUGCUGCGCGCUUGGACUUCGAUGGCCGCAUGGAUUGGAAGAAGGUCACCGAUGUCACGGACUACACCAGCUACGACAUCUCUGCCACCGAGGAGAUCGUGCCCCGCGCGCAGAACAUGGACAUCGUGAUGAACAAGGAGUUCCCCAUCCCAGGUGACAUCAUCAGGGCUUUGCCUCCCUCUGUGAAGCUGAUCGCAGAGGCCGGAACGGGCUACAACAACAUCGACCUGGACGCCUGCCGCGAGAAGGGCAUCGCCAUUUGUAACGUGCCCGAGUACACCACGGAGGCCAUGGGAGACUAUGCUAUCACAUUGGUCAUGGCUUUGUCCUGCAGCUUGGCUGCGCAGAUGAAGGCCUUAGCAGUAGGCGACCGGCGCUACAUGCAGCAGUGCCACCUGGGGCACUUGGACCACUUCGAGAUCCGGGGCAAGACCUACGGAAUCAUUGGCGGUUUAGGCUACAUCGCUUCCAACAUCUCCAAGAAGGCGCUCAACCUCGGCAUGAAGGUCAUCGUCUCAGACAUGCCAUCCACACCAUUGGGCAUGCGUGACAGCGGUGUGGAGGUGGUGACGUUUGAUGACCUCCUGCGGCAGUCGGAUUUCAUCAGCCCCAUGGUGCCGCUCAACAAGCACACCAAGGGACUUCUGAAUGCAGACUGCUUCGACAAGAUGAAGCCGACCGCCUACGUCAUCAACACGGCGCGUGGCCCCAUCGUGGACCAAGCGGCAAUUAUCGAUGCCCUGCGCAAGAAGAAGAUCGCGGGUGCCGCCCUUGACGUCUUCGGUGAAGGCUCCGCUCCCCCGCCGCCGCUCCCAGAAGACAGCCCUCUUUAUGAUGUUUUCGAUGAGUUUGAGAAUGUGAUCCUCACGCCACACAUUGGAUGGCAGCGUGUAGAGGCUCGUCAGCGAGUUGUCGAUGGCUGUGGUGACAACAUUGCCAAGUUCGACAUCGAUCUCCUACUCGACGUCCUACCCCGUGACCAGAGCGGGCACGUCUCUUUGGAGGGCCUUGUGUCUUGGAUCUUCCCCGCAGCUGAGAGGGGAGACACGACGCCCCUGCCCGAGUGGCAAGAAGAAUGGAAGGUGUGCCAGCGGCAGAAGCAUGAGCACGUGGCCCGUUGCAGAGCAUUGCUCGUGCUGUCGCUUAUUGCGGAGCCCUUCCAACACUGCUGGCGGGAGGUCUUCCUAGACCUUGCCUGGUGGGCAUGGAGCUCCAUCGUGCUGGAUUCGCGACGGCGCAAGUCGUUGCCAGUUCGGCAGGCCGAGUUUGAGCAGGAGGCCGCGCGACUGUCUGCUGACUCCGGCUGCUGGAAUCGAGUAUCACUCGAUGACAUUGCCAGCGCGGCGCUCCACAACCUGAACUGGAGGGACCAGCCGGCACAGGAACAUGCACAGAAGCAAGGUGCAGAUGCGUUGGACAUCCCACCGGGGUUUGACAGAGACCGUCUGGUGGAAGUUUUGAAGAUGAAGGAACAGGCCAAUGAGAAGUACCGGGGAGGUGACUACUUCAGUGCAAAGUGUCUCUACUCCGGGAGCCUGGAGAUGUUAGAACGAUGCUGCUUACACCUUACAAAGUCUGAUGAGGUUUGGGAAGGCAUCAAGAACAAUAUGGCCCUCUGUGACCUGAAAAGGCGUGAGUGGGCCCGCGCUGUGGACACCACUACGGAGAUCCUUCAGAGGAACUCCAAGAACACCAAGGCCCUCUACCGGCGUGGGGUGGCCCGCAUCGGCCAGGGAAAGCUCCGAGAGGCGCGAGAAGACUUGGAGGCGGUGGUAGAGUUGGAGCCCGAGAAUGCGGAUGCCCGCCAGAAGCUCGCCGAGAUCUUGAGGCAGCUCAAGGCCAACCGCACCGCCGAGAAGGAUCAGGCAGACAAGAUGCGUGGCUUCUUGAGAGGAGAGCGCCUCGACGACACCGUGCCAAUCACCGAGGAUGGCGGUGUUCGAAAGCUCCACUCCAAUGAGAACGCCCCCCUCUUCGCCUCGUGGAUCAAGCGGUCUUGGCUCCAAGAGAGGAGUGGCGUCGCCGGUGUCGUCACGGCCCAUGUGGUCAUGAAAACCCAAGCCGGCAAGGAGCUUCUGAACACCCGCAAGCCUCCGGGAAGCCUCUCUGCCGAGCCCGGGCCCCAAAUGGCAGCACAGCCAAAGGCUGCAGAGCGACCGGCAGAGCCGGCACGCUGGGUCAUGGACGAUUCCUCGAAGUCCGUGUUUCAGGCUUGGAACAGUGCUGGCAAGACUCUGCAGCUCUUUGAGCUCGGGAAGUUCGAAGUGGCACGGUCUGCACUGGGUCCAUCCGUGGAAGCUGCGAUUCGAAACUGUCUUGACAAGUGGCUGCCCGACACGCCGGAGCAGCGUGAGCUCUACAAGAACAUGGAGGAGAUCAAGCCGACAGCCCUUCGCCGCCAGGCGAUUCAGAUCCUCGGCCUACCUGAGGAGUUCUGCAUGGAGGAGGAGAAGGAGCCCAACAGUACUCUGAUGAUGGAGAUGGAGCUCUUGGAGUCCUCAGAGUUCACGGACCUAGAUGGGGAUGGCCGACGCCUCCUCAAUGUCAUCAAGGAAGGCAAGAGCCAAAACGCCCCGGUGGUUUCGGAGCUUUGCACCGUGCAGGCACACUUCCGAGUUGCCAAGCUCUUGAUGAACUACGCUCUGAAAGACACCCGGUUAGGCCUUGCCAACGGACCUGAUGGCUUGGUCUUACGUGCAGAUCGUAUGAAGGAGCCCAUGGAGUUCAUCGUCGGAGAAGAGGCUGCAGCUGCGGAGGGCGAGUUCGUGCCUCCUUGCGUCGGUGAGUGUCUGAAGCUCCCACCUCAAGGUGUCACCGAAGGGAUGCACUUCGAGGUGAUUCUCAGAGAGGGUGUCCCCAUCAGGGACAUGGAGAAGGACAUCCACAGCGCCUACAGCGACGGGAAGUACACGGGCUUGCCCGACACCAGCGGCCCUGUCUCCAUCCGCAUCGAGGUGGAGAAGGUGGCUUUGGCCUGCCAAGGCCCCACAGAUCGCGCUUGGAGGGGACUGGAGAGCAUCCAGGCAGAGCGAAGCCGGGCAGAAGCCUUAGAGUCCAUGGAGAAUGGCCGCCACAAGCUCUUAGCCCUUAAGAGGUGGAGGCGCAUCCUUGUCUGGUUCGAGGAAAUCUUUGCAAGCCGACGCUGGAAGACUCAAGAGGGUAAAGCUGGAGACAGCAUGUACGACCUGCAGUGGGAUGACGAGCCGGAGAAGCAGUUUGCUUUUGAUCCCAAGAAGAGACUCCAAGAGAAGAUCCCCACGAUGCUGGACUUUGAGGACAGCCUCCUCAAACAGCUCCACGAUGACGAGCUCUGUGAGUUUGCGCGGGCGCAUGCUGCUGCAGCUGCACUCCUCGGUGGUGAGCUUUCUCGACAGCACGCUCAAUGUGCGGUCCAGGAUGUCAUGAUGUUCGGAUCCACUAUUCGUCGUAGUCAGAGCAGUUGUCAUGGCAUUGGUGGAAGGGUAGAGGAGGAGGAGGCGUGUGGAAUUUCCAGCAUUCCGGCGGAGGUCGAGGUCAAGAGCAGAUCUACCCUGGCCUGGCGGCUCUUAGAGAGCGGCAAGUCAACUGAAGCUCUAGCUGUGCUGAAGGAGGCCACUGCCCUUGAUCCUCAGAAUACGGAGUUGAAGGACCAAGUCGCCCUCAUAACUCAGAAGGACAACGAGAACAAGUCGGUGAGCACAUUGGAGGCCCUGAAGGCCCUGAAGCAAGAUCUCAUGGACAGCUUUGAGGCGAAUGAUUUGGCAGGCCUGAAGCUGCUCUUACAGGAGCUGGAGUCACUACCGCUGACCUGGGAGGUGGCGUCUGAAACCAAAAUUGGCAAAGAAGUCGGGAUGUGCGCAAAGCACGCGGAUGCGGCCGUCGCGGAGCCUGCGAAGUCCAUCAUUGCCCGGCUGCAUAAGCUGGCCAAGGCAGAGCGCAACAAGCAAAUGGAGCAGCCUUUGUUGAGGAAGAGGGCUUCCGUGGACGUGGUUGGAGCACUUUUGCAGGCCGCCUUCGCAGUCAUCGGCCUGGCAAGCUCCAUCCUAUGGAACCAGCUGAUGCUGUGUGUUGCCGUGCUUACGCAGCUUUUCGGCAAGCCAGCGCUUGCGAAAGCAGCGACCUCGCAAAACUGCUGCUGUGCGGUGGCAAUGCUCUUCCUGACGUUUGGGCCAAGGCUACUGCGCUGGAAUCUCAGCGCUUGCCAGCGGCUGAUUUUGUGCGCCUGCAGCUACUUGGUGAUGCUCGCCCUGGGCCUGGUCCUCGCAGAGAUGCUGCGGGCGGGCGAGGUGGCUGAGGAGCUCUUCCUGAUCCUCGUGGCGAUCAACGGCCUUUGCACAGGACUGGUCCAAAAUGUGGCCGCCUCGCUGUCGACAAGUGUCCCAGGCGCUUCUUCGGCCUUGCUCUUCGGAGAAUCACUUAGCCCGCUUUUGGCCGUGAGCAUCGCCGUCAUGGCCGAAACCUUCAUGGCCAAGGGCGGGGUCGUGGACCUCCACGAGGCCUCUUUCUAUACCAUCGUGACAGCAGAGAUCUUCGUCUGCAUUGCCAUAGUCGGUAUUGCUUUUGCGUGGCGCUCCGAUGCUUUGGCAAACCCCGAGCAUGGCACCAUUGCUGAUGCUCUCGAAAUAGGCGGAUAUCGGGAAGAGUACUUCUGGGAGAGAAUGCACGUACUCUUGUGUAACUCGUGCGUGGCACUUCUGGCCUGUUGCGCUUGGGUGUUUCUGCUGUGUGCUUCACCCUUUAUCGCUGAGGGACUUUGUCAAGAAGCCGGCUGCGCAGAAAUCCUGCCGCAGCGGAUGAUUUCCACUGCCAACAUUGCUGCAACACUGGGUCGGUUCUUGGCUUUGAAGGUGUCCCAUGCGCCUGGGGCACCGAUGCUGGUUCUGGAAAGUCUGAGCCUUCUUGCUCUCGGCCUCUUGAUAGUUCUUCCCUGCGUAUGGCACUGGGUGCCAGAAAUGCCUUUCUAUGAAGCCCUGGCGACUGGGCUGCCGAUCGCAGGAGGCAUUACGUUGUGGAGCAACUCCCUCCUGAUGCGGAACGACCACAGCUCACAAGCUGCUUGCGGCCACAGCAUCUAUGCACCAUGCCCGGUCACGACCGAGAUCACAUGGCUAUCACUGCAGGUAGGAUCCAUUUCCGGAACACUACUUGCAGCAGCGCUAUGA